UUCUUCAUCAAUUCAUGACUCUUGUUUUCAGGUUCCUAUUCAUACGACUGGUGUAAAUGUUGAAGAUGAAAGAAAAGAACUUGAACAACUUCGAGCAACUGUUACUCUUCUCACAAGCCAAUGUGCUCAACUUGAUGAAGCAAAUCGCGCUUGGCAACAAUAUCAUCAAACACAGUUGAAUGGUUUCCGAAAUAUACUUCAUCAUCAUUUGCCCAUAGAUGAACGCUUCACAUUGGAUCAAGCUGCGGAACAUAUUCUUCAUCAAGUUACAAAAGAAAGAGAAAAUUUUACUCAACGAUAUCAAGCAUUGGAGAAAGUCAAUGAUGAUGUUCGAUUAGAAUCAGCAACCAAUUUGGAAACCAUCAAAGAAUCAUAUAUUAAUACCAUUGAUGAAUUAAAUAAAGAAUUACUUACUAUGAAGGAACAAUGUGAGAUACUCAUGGCUGAAAAACAAGCUUUAUCAAAUGAACUUGGAAAGAAAUCUGUUGAAUUCAACAUAGAGCAAAAGAAAAAAAUAAUUGAGUCAGAACCAAUCGAUUUAUUACAAGAAAUUCCUUUACAAACAAGCUCUUCUAACUUCGAACAAGAAAAUGAAGAACUUCAACAAUUACGCGAAAACUUUGCUAUUCUUACCUCCCAAUAUGCUCAAUCAAAUGAAGCUAAUCGUGCUUGGCAAGAGUUCCAUCAAUCUCAAGUAGAUAAUUUCCGUAGUCAAAUACAAGAUUUCAUACAAAUCGAUAACGAUUUAUCAUUUGAACAUGUUGCACAAAAAAUCAUUGAUCAAAUAACUAAAGAACGAGAAUCGUUCAAUGAACGAUAUGAAAUAUUAGAAAAAGCACAUACGGAUCUUCAAUCAGAAACAUUAGACUCAAAUCUUCUCGAACAACAAACUAAAAUGUCUGAACUUCAAGAAAAUCUUAUUUCACUAAGAACUCAACUUGACGAAACUAAUCAUUCACGACAACAAUUUGAACAAACACAAUUUAAUUUAUUUAAAAAUGUUUUACCAGAUUCAACUAAAAUGUCACUUGAAGAGCUCAUACAAGAAAUUAUUUUAUAUAUAAAUCAUUUAACAAAAGAAAUUGAUUUAUAUAAAGAAUUAGAAAAUAAUACAAUUGAACAAGAACUUAUGGUAUUACAAAAUCAAUGUACAGAAUUAGAUGCAGCUAAUCGUGCAUGGCAAUUAUUUUUUGAUAAUCAAAUUAAUUUAUUAAAAGAUAGAUUAAAAGAUUAUAUUCAUUUUGAUAACAAUGAAAAUUUUGAUCAAAUUAUUCAAUUGAUUGUUAUAAAAUUUCAACAACAAAAACAAUUCAAUGAAAAUAUUUCAUUAGACACAACAAAAGAUGAUCUUGAUUUAUUAAAAAAACAAAUAAAUAACUAUCAAGACAAUGAACAAUCACUUAAUGAACAAAUUUUAAGUCUUGAAGAAGAAUGUCAAAAACUUGAACAACAAUUAAAAGAAAAUCAAUAUUCAAUUGAUUCAUUAAAAACUAAUUUACAAUUAACAUUAAAUGAAAAUGAACAACUUAAGCAACAAUAUGAUGAAUUACAACAAAAAAAUAAUAUACUUAUUAAUAUGAAUCAUAAUUUAAUAAAUCAAUUAAAUGAAUAUGAACGACAAUCAUCUCAUUUUGAUUCUCAAGAUACUUCAAAACAAAUGAUUCAAAAAGAAAUUCGUCAUACACCAAUUCAAGAAGUUCAAAUUCAUAGAAUAACUCCUAUUCAAUCAACAUAUUCUCCAAAUAUUGAAGAAGAACUUCGUCAAUUACGAACAGAUCUUACAGCAUCAUCAGCUCAUUGUUUACAAUUAGAAGAAGCAAAUCGUGCUUGGCAACAAUUUCAUCAAAAUCAACUUGAAUUAUUUCGUCAUAAAUUACAAGAUUCAAUUCCAUUAGAUGAUAAUUUUACACUUGAACAAAUAGCACAACAAAUUUUUAUUCAUCUUCAACAAUUACAAAAUAAUAAAGAUAAUACGAAUCAAUUAGACGCAAAUUCAACAAUUGAUUCUGUACAGCAACAAUUAACUAAAUCUCAAUUAAAUGAAAGCAUACUUUCUGAAAAUCUUGAACAAUUAAACCAAAAAUUACUUGAUGUUUAUCAAGAAUGUGAAGAAUUUCGUGAACAUAAUGCACAAUUAAUAUUAUCUAAACAACAACUUGAACAGCAGUUACAAGAACAACAACAACAACAAAUUGAUGAACUUCAAUUAUCAAAUUCUAAUGCAGAAAAAUUCUAUGAUCUUGGACAACAUAAUGAAUCACUUCGUUUAGAAAAUCAACAAUUACAAUUUAAAUUAAAUGAUAUGGAACAACGAUUAAAUCAAUUAUCAAUUAAUUCAACUAUUCACCGUGUUGAUUCACCACGAGAGAAUGUUGGUAUUCAUAGUAUUGAUCGUGAACGUGAAAACGAAAUUCAUCAAUUACGUACAGAUUUAGCAGUGGCAUCAGCCCGUUGUUUUGAAUUAGAAGAAGCAAAUACUGCUUGGAGAAAUUAUCAAUAUGAACAAAUAGAAUCUUUAAGAAAAAAACUUCAAGAACUAAUACCAUCAUUAAAUCUCAUUGAAAAUUCAUCAUUAGAUAUUCUUACACAACAAAUUAUUGAUUAUUUAAAUCAAUUAAAUAUUCAACAAGAUAAUCUUUUACGUCAGAAUGAUUUAUUAAAAGAUGAAAUUCGAUUACAAAAACAACAACUAGAACGUCCACGAUCUGCUGAUAGUAAGCAACGAAUGCUUCAAAAACGAUCAUACAAUAAAAAUCUUGCCGAACCUCAAAUUCAUAGUCUGACAUCAUCUCCAUCACCAUCUCCUCUCAUCAAUGAACAUGAACAAGAACUUCAACAACUUCGCGAAAAUGUUGCUUCUCUCACAAAUCAAUGUGUACAACUUAAUGAAGCUAAUCAAGCUUGGCUACAAUAUCAACAAACACAAUUCGAUACUUUCAGAAAUACACUUCAUCCUUAUUUACCUAUUGAUGAAACUUUCACAUUGGAUCAAGCUGCACAACAAAUUCUUCAUCAAAUUAUAGAAGAAAGGCAAGAUUUUACUCAACGAUAUCAAGCAUUAGAAAAAGUUAAUGACGAUCUUCGAUUAGAAUCAGCAACCAAUUUGGACACCAUCAAACAAUCUUAUACUGAUACAAUCGAUGAAUUAAAUAAAAAACUUCUUAGUAUGAAAGAACAAUAUGGACAAACAAAUAAACUUGAAUCAACUACUUUGUUACAAGAAGCAUUCGAAAAGACUCCAAUGAAGAGUGAUGAAACUAUUGAUCAACAAGAAACAGAAGAAAUUCGACAACUUCGUGAAAAUCUUAUUUCACUUACAUCUCAACUUGAUGAAACAAAACGAACAUCGCAACAAUAUAAACAAACACAACUUGAUAUUUUACGAAAUCAACUUCAGAAUUGUUUAUCAAUUGAUUCUAAUAUUUCAUUUGAUGAUAUAGCACAACAAAUUGUUGAUCAAGUAACUAAAGAACGUGAAGAUUUCAAUGAAAAAUAUCAAGCACUAGAAAAA